ACUAUACAUUUCAUCUAUCUUUCUUUGCUCCUUUAUAUCACUUUCAUCAUAUUCUCUCCCUUUCUUUCUCUCUUUACUCUCAACUUAUUUUUUGCUAACAGCCAUGAUUACUGGUAAAGACAUAUAUGAUGUUCUUGCAGCAAUUAUACCUUUAUAUGUUGCUAUGAUCUUAGCUUAUGGCUCUGUCCGUUGGUGGAAAAUCUUCACACCAGAUCAAUGUUCUGGAAUUAACCGAUUCGUGGCGGUUUUCGCUGUUCCUCUUCUUGGUUUUCAUUUCAUUUCAACCAAUGAUCCUUAUGCUAUGAACUACCAUUUCAUCGCAGCUGAUUCGUUGCAAAAGGUUGUGAUCCUUUUCGCGCUUUUCAUAUGGCAUGUUUUUAGCAAAAACGGGAGUUUAGAAUGGAUGAUUACAUUGUUUUCGUUAUCGACACUUCCAAACACUUUGGUUAUGGGAAUUCCGUUGCUUAAAGCAAUGUACGGAGAUUUCUCAGGGAAUCUCAUGGUACAAAUUGUUGUUAUGCAAAGUGUUAUUUGGUACACUUUAAUGCUUUUCAUGUUCGAAUAUCGAGGCGCGAAGUUACUAAUCGGAGAGCAGUUUCCUGAAACUGCUGCUUCGAUUACUUCGUUUCGAGUUGAAUCUGAUGUAGUUUCGCUAAACGGGCGUGAACCGUUACAAGCCGAUGCGGAAAUUGGAGAUGAUGGGAAAUUGCAUGUUAUUGUAAGGAGAUCUUCUGCUUCUUCUAUUAUUUCGUCUUACAACAAGUCACAUGGAUUGUUGCAAUCGAAUAACAUGACUCCUAGGGCUUCGAAUUUAACCGGGGUCGAGAUUUAUUCGGUUCAAUCGUCUCGAGAACCUACUCCAAGGGCGUCUAGUUUUAACCAGACUGAUUUUUACGCCAUGUUUCAAAGCAAAACAGCUAGUCCGAAGCACGGGUACACGAAUAGCUUUGGUGGAGAUGUGUUUUCGUUGCAGUCAUCGAAAGGGGCAACACCAAGAACCUCGAAUUUUGAGGAGGAGAUGUCCAAGAUUGGAAGCAAUAAGAAGAGAAUGGGAGGUAGGAGUAUGAGCGGGGAGCUAUACAACAGUGGUAGUACUGCUUCUGCUAAUGGAUUGGUACCACCUUUGUAUCCACCUCCAAAUCCAAUGUUUGCGGGGCAAAGGAAAAAGGAAAUGGGAAGUGGAAGUGGAAGUGGAGUGCCUACGCCACCAUUGCCUGCGCCGAAUAACAACAACAAUAAUAAUAAUAAUAAUAAUAAUAAUAAUAAUAAUAAAGAGCUUCACAUGUUUGUUUGGAGUUCAAGUGCUUCACCUACAUCUGAAGGUAAUAAUAAACAUGCAGUUAAUAGAGGUGGUUCAACUGAAUUUGGGGUGCUUGAUGCAUCCAAAGCUGUUCUUCAACAAGAGAUAGCUGCAGCUAGAGAGAAUGCAAGUUAUGUCGGGAAAUCAAAUGGAGAAAAAGAAAUAGAGAUAGAGAAUGGUUCGAAUAAGUAUGGAGCAGCAAAUGGGUCACCUUUCCCAGGGCACAAGAAAGUAGGUGACAUGGAUGAUCAAGAAGGAGUGAAGAAAGCACAGAUGCCUCCUGCUAGUGUUAUGACAAGGCUUAUACUUAUUAUGGUUUGGAGGAAGUUGAUAAGAAAUCCAAACACCUAUUCAAGUUUGCUAGGUCUCAUUUGGUCUCUCGUCUCAUACAGGUGGAAUAUUCAAAUGCCUUCCAUUGUGAAAGGAUCAAUCUCAAUUCUAUCAGAUGCUGGUCUUGGAAUGGCUAUGUUCAGUCUAGGUCUAUUUAUGGCUUUACAACCAAAGAUCAUAGCAUGUGGAAAGUCGGUUGCCACAUUUUCCAUGGCAGUUAGGUUUUUAACAGGACCUGCAGUUAUUGCUGCUACUUCUAUUGCUAUUGGCCUUCGUGGUGUAUUACUACAUGUUGCCAUUGUUCAGGCUGCUCUUCCCCAAGGCAUUGUUCCCUUUGUGUUCGCAAAAGAAUAUAAUGUCCACCCUGAUAUUCUUAGUACUGCGGUUAUAUUUGGAAUGCUAGUUGCCUUGCCAAUUACAAUACUGUAUUACAUACUUCUUGGGCUUUAAGUUUUGUUGAAGACAUGGGGAACAGAGACAGAUAAGUUCAAUGAAUUGAUCCAAGAAAGAAGGCAUGCAGUGGAUUCAGGGAGAAAGACAAUAGGAAACUACUAUGUGCUCCCUGCAUGUGACUCUUGGGACUUCUUAUACAAAAACUGCAUUAAUUUAUUUCAAUUCUUCUUCUUUUUAUUUUUGUGGUAGUAGGAGUAAUAUUUAUGCCGUUACUAUAGUUAGCUAGCUAGGAAGAAGAAUUGGUCAAUAGUAAAAUUAUUGAUGUAUUAUUACUUCAUUUACUAAUAUAAAGGUUGUAGCUAGUUUUAGAUCCAAA